CUGUGGUACUGUUAGUCGGUUUUCAGCAGUUAGUAGGUUUGCAGCAAUUAGUAGGUUUUCAGCACGGCAAGAUAAAGAAAGUACAUAAGUAAAAUCGUUUCUCGUCGAGAGUACAUAAGAAAAAGAAUUUAGAAAUGUGGACGUAUCAUAAAUCGUGCGCCAGUAAAGUACGUCUUGAUAAUAAAAUUGCAGUGAUAACAGGUGCAAAUACUGGAAUCGGCAAGGAAACCGCCAUAGAUUUUUAUAGAAGAGGUGCACGAGUGAUAUUGGCCUGUCGGAAUGUGGAAAAAGCAAAACAAGCAGUUGAAUAUAUAAAAAAUCAGCCAUUUCCAAGUACAGAAAGCGAGCAGUACAACGGUAAAUUGGGUGAGCUUGCGAUAUAUUCAUUGGAUCUUUGCAGUUUAAAAAGUGUAAUAGAAUGCGCUAAACAGUUAUUGACAACUGAAUCAGCUAUUCACAUAUUAAUAAAUAAUGCUGGUGUAAUGAUGUGUCCGCAUUACAAAACCGAAGACGGGUUCGAGUUGCAGCUACAAUCGAAUUAUCUCGGACAUUUUCUCCUGACAUUAUUACUACUGCCGAAAAUACAAUCAUCCACUCCUGGUUGCAGAAUAGUUAACGUGUCAUCACUUGCUCAUAUUUUCGGCAAUAUACAUUUCAAUGAUAUAAAUCUGGAAAAAUCGUAUAGUCCAUUGAAAGCGUAUGCGCAAAGCAAAAUGGCAAACAUUCUAUUUACUAAGGAACUUGCACGACGAUUGAAAGAAGCUGAUAUUAGUGGAAUAAAUGUGUAUGCUUUGCAUCCCGGCGUUAUAAGAACCGAAUUAGGACGACACUAUAAUAAAACAAUAGUUCCGGGUGCGACAUUCUUUUUUCGUCAUAUUAUGCGGCCAUUCAUCAAAAAUCCGACACAAGGAGCGCAAACAACGAUAUAUUGUGCUAUUGAUGAAAAAACAGCUGAUGAGACCGGUCUUUACUAUUCAGAAUGCCGCGUGUCCAGGCCACAAUGGAGAGCCAGAGAUGAUCAAAUAUCCAAAAAGCUAUGGGACCAUACUUGUCGGCUUUUACACUUGGAACCUAAUGAAAAUUUUUCUGCCUUUUUACAAACUGUUUCGCGCCAACUUGCCCAAUAAUAUUCAUUUGUAUAGAAUUUAUGUGUAAAAAAUAUACUUUCAUCUUCUACUAUCUUAUCAAAGAUAUGCUACAAAAAUAAAUUAGAGUAUAAAUAAGGAAAAACUAAAAAUCAUCUACGAAAAAAU